AUGGACAAGGAGAACCUGGAAUGGAUCGCUACCAGCAAAAGUUGGCUCAACAGACAAGCAUGCCUGUGGCUCGGCCUUUGCGGUGUCGCCCAUCUCAACAGUGAUGCAUGGGCAUGGGAUGGUGUACAAGAUGAGAUCCCCUCUCCGGUCCGUCCGGAUACAAGUAGCUGGUGGCGGGCCGGCGAAGAAGAUCCAACAUCAUGGACGCCUGACGAGCGCGCAAAGAGAGAGAUACCCCAGUACGUCUUCGACCACGCUCCCUACGUCCAUCUAUUCUCUCGCGAGCAAUUUUGGCCGGGCGACAUCGCCGAGCAUCUCAAUCACACUCCCCCUUACCUCAACUACUCCAAAAUCUCGGACUUGGAGUAUGAACGAAACCUAACGAACCUAAACGACCUCAAUCGCUACGACAGCGGCGGCUACGGCCGAUUCGUAUAUUUGCAGAGCGCAGAUAAUGUUGAAGAACGGCCGCGACCUGAAUGGCUCUCCGGGGUCCAUAAUAUCCCUCAAACCCUCCAGGCGCGGCGCAAGGACCAGGACGAUGAAGAAGAAGCAGAAUGGCCCGAGUUUAGUGAUGCGGAUCAACUUCCUUCCCAACCCACGUUCGAGACUCAGACGACGGAAGAUAUCGAAUCGGUACUUCCUUCUCUGGCCCCGAGGGAAUGCAAGGAUCCCUUCCAGCCAGUGCCAAUGCCGAAGCCCGAUCUUCGAAAGCGAUCAGCCAAACUGCGAGGCACAAAGCACACCCCAAACCAGCUCGGUAGAUCGUCAGCCCCCGCGAUACUUGUGGUCGUGCCCAAGGAAGAUGGCAUAGUGGACGCUUUUUGGUUCUUUUUCUACUCCUUCAACCUCGGCCAGAAGGUGCUCGGUAUUCGCUUUGGCAAUCACGUCGGCGAUUGGGAGCACACCAUGAUCCGCUUCCGACACGGCAAACCCGACCAGGUCUUCCUGUCGGAACACAACUUUGGCGACGCCUUCGCAUGGCAUGCCCUCGAAAACAACGGCACUGCAGCCGCGGGGGCCGAACGACCCGUCGUAUAUUCGGCGGUUGGCACACACGCCAUGUACGCCACCCCGGGCAUGCACCCCUACAUCCUGCCGUGGGGCAUUCUUCACGAUCAGACCGAUCGCGGUCCUCUCUGGGAUCCAGCGCUCAACGCACAGUCGUACACCUGGGAUCCCGUCAAAAAGACCAUCCGCGCGUCGACUCGCAACCCCACGGCGCCCACGGGCUGGUUCCACUUCGCCGGCCACUGGGGAGACAAAUUCUACCCGCUGUCGGACCCGCGUCAAUACCGCUUCGCCGGUCAAUACCACUACGUCAACGGGCCUACGGGCCCACGAUUCAAAAGUCUCGAUCGAGCGAGGGUGUGUCCGCGGCAAGCGAAGAAAUGUCACAUCCGGCAGUGGGCCAACGAUGGCGGCUCGAGGAGGAUGCCGGCCCCCGGUGAAGACGCAGAAGAGGGUGGGAUACCUGGUGGCAAUUCUACUGAUACUUUCAAGCCGUGA